GCGGGGAUAGCGAUCCAGGCUGGAGCAGCGCUCGGGGGUUCGGAACGCUGGCGCUGCCCGGGCGCUGUCGGGUCCCCGCCAGUUCAGGGCACUUGGCGCGAGGAUCUGCGCGCCUCGCUCUACCCUCCCGAUGUCGCCGCCCGGCUGCUGACCGCCUCACACCCUUCCCGCAUCACUGUGGCGUGGGGGAGGUCCGGGUGGAGGCAGGAAGCCUCCUUCGCAUAGCGGGAAUGGAGGUAAAUUGUUUAACACUAAAAGACCUGAUCAACCCCAGGCAGUCCAGGCUAAAUUUUGCAAUUGAAGAUGGAGAAAAUGCACAAAAGGAAAAUAUAUUUGUUGAUCUAUCAAGGAUGCCCCCGAAGACGCCAAUAAAAAAUGAACCAAUUGACUUAUCGAAGCAAAAAAUCUUCACUCCAGAGAGAAAUCCCAUUACUCCAGUUAAGCUUGUCGACAGACAGCAAGCAGAACCAUGGACACCCACAGCUAACCUGAAGAUGCUCAUUAGUGCUGCUAGCCCAGACAUAAGGGACCGGGAGAAGAAAAAGGGACUUUUCAGACCCAUUGAAAACAAGGAUAAUGCAUUUACAGACUCUCUACAGUUUGUUAUUGUUGGGAACAGUCCUGUGGAAGAAUUUGAAAAGCAAAGGCCAAGCAGAAAACAGAAAAGUUUAGGACUCCUGUGCCAGAAGUUUCUAGCUCGCUAUCCAAGUUAUCCCUUGUCAACUGAGAAAACUACCAUCUCCCUAGAUGAAGUUGCCGUCAGUCUUGGUGUGGAGAGGAGACGUAUCUAUGACAUUGUAAAUGUGCUGGAGUCACUGCAUCUGGUCAGCCGGGUGGCCAAGAAUCAGUAUGGCUGGCAUGGACGGCACAGCCUGCCCAAAACCCUGAGGAACCUCCAGAGACUGGGAGAGGAGCAGAAAUACGAAGAGCAGAUGGCAUACCUCCAGCAGAAAGAGCUGGACCUGAUGGAUUAUAAAUUUGGAGAACGUAAAAGAGAUGGCUAUCCAGAGUCCCAAGAUCCACAGUUAUUGGAUUUCUCUGAGCCUGACUAUCCUUCUUCAUCAGCAAACAGUAGAAAAGACAAGUCUCUGAGAAUUAUGAGCCAGAAGUUUGUCAUGCUGUUCCUUGUUUCUAAAACGAAGAUCAUUACUCUGGAUGUGGCUGCCAAAAUUCUGAUCGAAGAAAGCCAAGAUACCCCAGACCACAGUAAAUUUAAAACAAAGGUACGACGCCUCUAUGAUAUAGCCAAUGUUCUGACCAGCUUGGCUCUGAUAAAGAAAGUGCACGUAACAGAAGAGCGAGGCCGUAAACCAGCCUUCAAAUGGAUCGGGCCUGUGGACUUCAGCUCCAGCGAUGAAGAACUAGUGGAUGUUUCUGCAUCUGUCUUACCAGAAUUGAAAAGAGAAACAUAUGGCAAGAUUCAAGUCUGUGCAAAACAGAAGCUGGCUCGUCAUGGUUCUUUUAACACAGUUCAUGCUUCUGAGAGGAUCCAGAGGAAAGUGAACUCGGAACCCUGCAGCCCGUACAGAGAAGAACAAGGAUCAGGUGGCUACUCUUUAGAAAUUGGAAGUCUAGCAGCUGUCUACAGACAGAAAAUAGAAGACAGUUCACAGGAAAAAGCCCUUGCCAGUAAGAGAGUGGGGCCCUCAUCAAGCAGCUUGGACCCUUCUGUUCCUUUCCCUGCCCUCUCUGUUGAUUCAGAAUAUUGUGUUAAUCCUUUAGCCUACCCAGUAUUUCCUGUUACUCAGACGGACCUGCAGGCAUUCUCCGGGCAGAAUGGCCUGAAUGGACAAGUAAACGUCUCACUCACUUCUGUAGCCUCUGCCGUGGAGAGCUUGAAGCCAGCGCUGCUUGCUGGCCAGCCCUUGGUGUACGUGCCCUCCCCCUCCCUGUUCAUGCUGUGCGGGAGCCUGCAGGAGGGGCCAUCCCCAGGGUCAGGGUCAGAGGAUGGCAGAAGUUCGGAAGCCCCAGCUGCAGCAGAGCUGUCAUCUGCACCCUUGGCUCAGAAGCGCCUCUGUGAGGAGAGGAAGCCUGAGGAGGAGGGUGAGCCAGCCAUGAAAAGACAAAAUAGGGAGUACGAAGACAGCCCCCUGUCGCUCGUCAUGGCCAAGAAACCCUCAGAUUACACAGACUUUUCCUGUCCCAAGACUCUGGGUGGCAGGGCGUUCAUGCCCCUUGAAGACACUCAUGGGAACGGCCAGCUCCCUGCUGCAAAGGAGGCUUCAGGAAAGGCUACAGCAAACUGCUUUGCUGCUUCUGAGCGGGGAAAUCCUUCAGGAAAUACAGAUGUUGAAAAGCAUUCAGAAGAAAAUGAAAGCACCAAAGAGUCCUCUUUGCUGCAAUAUCUUUAUGUGCAGUCUCCAGCCGGAUUAAAUGGUUUCAAUGUGCUCUUAUCUGGUGGUCAGACCCCUCAUACUGUGGGCCCAUCUUCAGGUCAGCUGCCGUCCUUCAGCGUUCCUUGCAUGGUCUUACCAUCUCCGACUCUGGGCCCUUUUCCUGUUCUCUAUUCUCCUGCAAUGCCCGGCCCGGUUUCUUCCACUCCUGGUGCUCCCCCAAACACAGGACCUGUGAAUUUCGGCUUGCCUGGCCUUGGAUCAACAGCUCAUCUUGUCGUCGGCCCUGCAGCCAUGGUUAAUCCAAUGUCGUCCACACUCCCUUCUGCAGACCCUCAGCUCCAGGGUCAGCCCUCACUUAACCUGAGUCCGGUGAUGUCAGAGUCACACAGUGUCAUCCAACAACCUGAGUCCCCCAUUUACGUGGGACAUCCAGUCUCAGUGGUAAAAUUAGAACAGUCACCAGUUCCAGUGACCCCCAAGAACACCCAGUGCACACAGCGUGAGACAUUUUUCAAGACACCUGGCAGCCUUGGAGACCGUGCCCUUAAGAGAAGAGAAAGGAAUCAGUCACGAAACGCCAGCUCCGCCCAGAGGAGACUAGAAAUCCCCAGCAACGGGGCUGACUAACCUGCCUCUGCCAGAUGGGAGUGGAAUCAAACCACCUGAAUCCCUGUGUUACAGGCGACAUCCUGAGUAGGAUACAGACCAUCCGGUCGUGAGCACGCGUCCUUCCUCUCUCUUUCAUCCACUGGUUCUCUUAACUUCCCACCAUCAUGAAUCAUCUGUUCUCCUGAAAGUAAUUGUUACUAAUUGUGCAUUUAAUACUAGGCUGUCUGCACGGUGUCACAGUGAAGGCACCUGCUGACUUUUGUGGUUUUGAUUCAAGAAUCAUCUUAUUGCUGGAAGUAGGUCUGAACAGGCUGCCAGAGCCUUGUGGUUUUUCUGAAGGGGGAGCUGUCUAGCACUUAACUAGGGUAAGCAUUCUUGACAUGUAUUUCCACUUGCCCUGAGUAAAUCUGUGGUGAGAGAAACUUCCUUUCUGCAGUUUAAAAAAGCUACUGCUUCCUUAGGCUUCAUUAGGAAGCCACCUUCAGUUGUGAAUCCUAUCAUAUUAUUUAUUUUGUUCCUGAAAUGGGAUUUAGUGCAAAAAGUUUACAACUACAGCCUAACGCAUUUUUUUCAGGGUAUGACGACUUGAAUGUUUAUCCUUCUUUCCUAUAAUUUGCCCUGCACUUAUUCUGCAACCUAGUAAAAAUGUGGAGAAAUGUAUAUACAUGACAAAUGUCAAGACCAAAAUAACUGUGAAUGCCACACCUUGCUGUAAAUGAACUGUGCCAGCACUAUCUGUGGGCAUGAGAACUAAGAUAAACUUCAGCAGCCUGAUUGCUGCUUUUCAAAUAACUGUGAACAGUGAGGUUUUACUGUUCAUUUCUAAAAAUCCUACUGUGUUCAGUUUCCUUCAGUACACGCCCUAUGUUUUUUAUUUAAAUUUUAGCUGCAGAGUGUCAGGUAUGGAUGCCUUCUAACAAUUGCUGUUUGUAAAAUAAAUCAGGAUGGUAGAAAGUAAUUAUAUGGAAAAUUGGAACCUGAAGGAGACCUUUUAGUUGAAUUCUUAAGAGUAAUGGUGUAGAAAUUGAUACAGGGCAAUAGGUGAUUUUUUUAAUAUUUCUUUUACUUCUUUUCUUCAUGUUAUGAAGGAUAAGAGGGAAAAUGGACACAUUAUGUUCCAUAUCCAAGAAUAUUCAAACCAUAGUUAGAUGGUACUUCUGAAAAAUAAGAACAGUGAGUGCAAGAGUUCAUUGUUCUAGCGUGAAUACAAUUCUGGAAGCUGUUACGCAAUUUCCCUUUGUUAAACCACAUUACUUUAGGGGUUCAUUAAGUAGCCAAACUAGUUUUUUGUAUUCCUAGAUUUACUGAUAUUUACCUCUCCUGUCUUCAGAGUAAAUGACUUCCUUCCUUCCUUCCUUCCUUCCUUCCUUCCUUCCUUUGUGUUUUCUUCCUCUCUUUCAAAACUUCUAUCUUAGAUUUAGAAUCUUGGUGUAGGGUUUUAUUUUAUUUUUAUUUUUGGGCCCAAUAAAAGGUUAUAUGAAAGAAUAAAAAUAUUAAUUUAAGAAAGACUCUGGGAGUCUAAGUAAAGUAGCUUUAUAUUAACUACAGGAUAAUAUUAGCCUUAUUGCCCCUACAAGAUUUUUAAAAACUUGAGGUAGGUAGCCAGAGUAAAUAAAUUUGCUACUUAUAUGAAAUUUUUGUCAACACUAAACUUUUAAAGUUUACAAGAUGGUAUUUUUUUCCCUUUUUUACAGUCUUCUCUAGAGUUAGAUUAAAAAUGUAGUUCCACCUGUCAACAAUUGCAUGGUAAUGAUUACCCUGAACUAAUACUGAUGGGUUUCCUGUCAAAAUAAAUAAAAAUAAGCCUUUUUCAGGUAAAUUAUAGAAUACGCAGCAUAUAAAUCUAUGCAGGGUAUGUCCAUUUUAAAUCUGCCAUGCGUAAGAACUUACAUAAAAUAUUUUCACUGAGAGGUCUGCAUUUAGAUGAAACACAAAUUGGUUUUCCCCUCACUGUUCCUGGAUGUUCUCCACUUAUUUUAACUUCUUCGCUGUCCUUUUUAUUAUUAUUAUUAUUCUACUCUCAAUAUGACCAUAUUAACCUCAAAGAAUUCAGGUUCUUGAGGGGUGUUAAAGAAGCAAUCCCAUAAAUGAGAAUAUUACGACAUCGUGACUAUACUUAGCAAUAGAAAACCAAGGAUAAAUGACAUUUGUGUUCAGUACCCACUUCUUAAUGUGGCUUUAAGAUAUGUAAAAAUAAAAUAAUGCAGUGGUUGUUUCUGUCGGGAAAAUAAGUCUUUCUUACAGAACAAUCGAUGGUAGUGAAGCUGCUGAGCUAGACUUGGUAGUGAAGAAGCAAUGGCAAUCUUGAGUCUAUCAUUGUAUAAUUUAGUAAAAGAAAAAAACAAUCGUUGGUGAUCCUGCUAAGAAAAUGCAGCUUUGAGUCAGCAUUGAGGGUGUGUGUACCCUACACUGUCCAGGGUUUGUGAAACCCUUUCAUGCUGGUACAAGAGUUGGGGGUAUAACUUUUAUACUUGAAUCUACCUACCAAGUUUACAUUUCUCAAUUCCUUUUUGUAAGGUGCUAUUUCUGUAUUUAAAUAACAUUUUUUUAAAUGUAAAGCUGCUUUCUGUUUAUCUUAUUGCACUGCUAGUUUUGUGUAGGGAUUAAUUUUAUUACUGCUUACUGCUUUUGUUUUCAUAUUAUUUAGCUGUGCUCUUUUUCCUAAUGGCUAUAUUGUCUAUAGCUAUCUGCUUGUAACUUUACUACGUGUAAAUUGAUUUUUUUUAGAAAAAUAUUAAGCUUUAUAAAAUAGCAAUAAAAAUUAAUUCAUUUAAUGGGA